AGGAUUUGGCUCAGCCUCGGAGCCGUCCCAUUUGCCCUGCCUCUUUGUUUCGUGAAGGGCAGCGGCCAAAGUGUCUUCCACACAGAUGGGCGUGAAUAGGCUGUUGCACCUCAAGGUCAAAGAGCCGCGAGAGGCUUCGAGCUUUAACAUUGUCUCCUCCAGCGAUGAGGAGGCAGAGGAUAUCAAGGACAGUGGUGAGGCGCCCGUUGUGCAGCCCCCUUCUGCCUCUAAAGCUAAAGUUAAGGUCUCCAAGCGUCGAGCCCUUGCUCUGCAGAAAGAGCUCCUCGUUGCCUUUGGGGCACCAGACUUCCAAAAGGCCUUGCACGAGCUGGCCAGGAUCCACAACGAUCCCAAGGGAGUCAGCAGAGAGUUUGCCUCUGGAUUUUGCAAACUGGUGAGGAGCCGUCAGGUGGAGAUAAUCCCCAGGUAUGGCUAUGAUGGAUCAGAGGAAGGUGUAGAAGAGAUGCUGAGGACCUUCAAAGAGAUGGAGGGUGAUCCAGACAUCUACAUCAAUGAGGUGGCCAUCAAAGAGGCCUUGUCUUUGGAGGUCCUCAGGUCUCCUCAGACCAGUGAUGUGGUCCCGGCUAAGCCCAUUAGCAAGGAGCGAGUGCUUGAGCUUUUGCGAUUGCACCUGGCAGAGUUCAGCAAGGCUUUCUUCCAACACAAGUUGGAGGACCUUAAGAAGGCUGCAGAUCGCUCUUCAGGACGCUGGAGUAUUCAGGAUGGAGAAGCACUUCCGGAUCCGGAAGGCUAUUUUCACUUGCCAGGCAGGGCAGACCUGGCCUUUCGUGUGCAGAAGAAAUUUUUGCCACGGUAUGGCUUCGCUGCCACCAAGGAUGGCGUGAAAGAGAUGAUUUGUCAUUGUGCAAAGUACCUUUCGGACCCUGACGUAGAGCACCUCUUUGACAGCCUCAACUCGAAGCUGGGCAUGUCCUCCGACGCUUGCGAGCGAUUUCGCCGGAUGGCCUCGCAGCUCGACUUCCAAGGAAUAGCUCCUUCGACAUGAUUCGCAGUGAGCGCGAAGGUGUUGAACAUAUUUCAAUUCAAACCUGGCAUGGCGAGAGCGGUGAGAGGAUAUCGAGGAAUACCAAAGCCCCCUUCAGCCAAGUGCUUGAUGAAUGCUUUCGUCACCAGGUGCCUUAUAGAAUCGGAUUCCGGAACCAUUUGAAGGCCGC